AUGGGAGAGGAACGCCGUCUCUCAGAGCUGAGGAUUGUGCUGCUGGGGGCGAGAUGGAGUGGGAAGAGUUCAUCGGGAAACACCAUCCUGGGCAGAGAGGAGUUUGAGUCUGGAAUAAGAACUGCACAGUGUGUGAAGAGACAGGGUGAAGUAGCUGGGAGACAGGUCACUGUGGUCGACACACCAGGCUGGUGGAGUACUUAUCCUGUGAAGAACACUGCAGAGCUGGUUAAACAGGAGAUUGUGCGCAGUGUGUCUCUGUGUCCCCCGGGACCCUGUGCUCUCUUCCUGGUCAUUGAUGUGAGAUCAGCAUUCAGAGAACCUAAGAGGAUAUCAGUGGUGGAACACCUGGAGCUUCUCAGUGAGAGAUUCUGGAGACACACCAUAGUGCUGUUCACCAGGGGAGACUGGCUGCGAGACACAACCAUAGAGCAGCACAUUGAGACUGAAGGGAGGGCCCUCCAAGAGCUCAUCGAGAAAUGUGGGAACAGGUAUCAUGUUCUCAACAAUGAGAACAGGGCUGAUGGGACUCAGGUCACAGAGCUGCUGGAGAAGAUGGAGGAGAUGAUGGCAGGGCAUGGAGGCUCUCACUAUGAAAUAGACAGAAUGCUCCUACAGGAGGUGGAAGAGAAGAGGAGGGCAGUGGAAGAACAAGUGAAACAGAGGAUGAUGAAGGUUCAGAAACAGAGGAAGACUCUCAGAGCACUUUUUGAGGGAGAGGAACACCGUCUCUCAGAGCUGAGGAUUGUGCUGCUAGGAGCGAGAGGGAGUGGGAAGAGUUCAGCAGGAAACACCAUCCUGGGCAGAGAGGAGUUUGAGUCUGGAAUAAGAACUGCACACUGUGUGAAGAGACAGGAUGAAGUAGCUGGGAGACAGGUCACUGUGGUCGACACACCAGGCUGGUGGAAGAUGUCUGUGAAAGACACUACAGAGCUGGAUAAACAGGAGAUUGUGUGCAGUGUGUCUCUGUGUCCCCCGGGACCCUGUGCUCUCUUCCUGGUCAUUGAUGUGAGCUCAGUAUUCAGAGAGGAACACAGGAGAUCAGUGGUGGAACACCUGGAGCUUCUCAGUGAGAGAGUCUGGAGACACACUAUAGUGCUGUUCACCAGGGGAGACUGGCUGGGAGACACAACCAUAGAGCAGCACAUUGAGACUGAAGGGAGGGCCCUCCAAGAGCUCAUAGAGAAAUGUGGGAACAGGUAUCAUGUUCUCAACAAUGAGAACAGGGCUGAUGGGACUCAGGUCACAGAGCUGCUGGAGAAGAUGGAGGAGAUGAUGGCAGGGCAUGGAGGCUCUCACUAUGAAAUAGACAGAAUGCUUCUACAGGAGGUGGAAGAGAAGAGGAGGGCAGUGGAAGAACAAGUGAAACAGAGGAUGAUGAAGGUUCAGAAACAGAGUAAGACUCUCAGAGCCCUUUUUGGAGAGGAACACCAUCUCUCAGAGCUGAGGAUUGUGUUGUUGGGGGAGAAAGGGAUGGGGAAGAGUUCAGCAGGAAACACCAUCCUGGGCACAGAUGAGUUUGAGUCUGGAAUAAGAACUGCACAGUGUGUGAGGAGACAGGGUGAAGUAGCUGGGAGACAGGUCACUGUGGUCGACACACCAGGCUGGUGGAAGGUGUCUGUGAAGUACACUGCUGAGCUGGAUAAACAGGAGAUUGUGCGCAGUGUUUCUCUGUGUCCCCCGGGACCCUGUGCUCUCUUCCUGGUCAUUAAUGUGAGCUCAGCAUUCAGAGAGAAACACAGGAGAUCAGUGGUGGAACACCUGGAGCUUCUCAGUGAGAGAGUCUGGAGACACACUAUAGUGCUGUUCACCAGGGGAGACUGGCUGGGAGACACAACCAUAGAGCAGCACAUUGAGACUGAAGGGAGGGCCCUUCAAGAGCUCAUAGAGAAAUGUGCGAACAGGUAUCAUGUUCUCAACAAUGAGAACAGGGCUGAUGGGACUCAGGUCACAGAGCUGCUGGAGAAGAUGGAGGAGAUGAUGGCAGGGCAUGGAGGGUCUCACUAUGAAAUAGACAGAAUGCUCCUACAGGAGGUGGAAGAGAAGAGGGGGGCAAUGGAAGAACUAGUGAAACACAGGAUGGUGAAGGUUCAGAAACAGAGGAAGACUCUCAGAGCACUUUAUGAGGGGGAACACCAUCUCUCAGAGCUGAGGAUUGUGUUGUUGGGGGAGAAAGGGACGGGGAAGAGUUCAGCAGGAAACACCAUCCUGGGCAGAGAGGAAUUUGAGUCUGGAAUAAGAACUGCACAGUGUGUGAGGAGACAGGGUGAAGUAGCUGGGAGACAGGUCACUGUGGUCGACACACCAGGCUGGUGGAAGGUGUCUGUGAAGUACACUACAGAGCUGGAUAAACAGGAGAUCGUGCGCAGUGUGUCUCUGUGUCCCCCGGGACCCUGCGCUCUCUUCCUGGUCAUUAAUGUGAGAUCAGCAUUCAGAGAGGAACACAGGAGAUCAGUGGUGGAACACCUGGAGCUUCUCAGUGAGAGAGUCUGGAGACACACUAUAGUGCUGUUCACCUGGGGAGACUGGCUGGGAGACACAACCAUAGAGCAGCACAUUGAGACUAAAGGGAGGGCCCUCCAAGAGCUCAUAGAGAAAUGUGGGAACAGGUAUCAUGUUCUCAACAAUGUGAACAGGGCUGAUGGGACUCAGGUCACAGAGCUGCUGAAGAAGAUAGAGGAGAUUGUUGCCAGAAAUGGGGGUGUUCCCUUCCCUGUAGGAGAGAGAGACAAACAGGCCUCAUUUACUGAGGUAAAAGACAUCAAAGGAAAAAAGAGGAGGUUUGAGGAGGAAUGGAGAAGAAGAGAAGAAGAAUGGAGAAGAAGAGAAGAGGACCUGAUAGAGAGGAUGCUCGGGUAUGCACGGGAGACAUCCGCCUUUUCCCGGGACGACUUUGUCGCGGCCUCUCGCCCCUCUUUUCAAUCUUCCGUACCGGUUGCCAUCGGGUUACAGAGGAAGCUGGACAAAGAGAGAGGGGCUGAUAUGGCAGCUGGUGUAAUGACAGUUCAUGAUGGGGAGGAGCUGAGGAUUGUGCUGCUGGGGGAGACAUGGAGUGGGAAAAGUUCAGCAGGAAACACCAUCCUGGGCACAGAGGAGUUUGAGUCUGGAAUAAGAACUGCACAGUGUGUGAAGAGACAGGGUGAAGUAGCUGGGAGACAGGUCACUGUGGUCGACACACCAGGCUGGUGGAGUACUUAUCCUGUGAAGAACACUGCAGCGCUGGUUAAACAGGAGAUUGUGCGCAGUGUGUCUCUGUGUCCCCCGGGACCCUGUGCUCUCUUCCUGGUCAUUGAUGUGAGAUCAGCAUUCAGAGAGGAACACAGGAGAUCAGUGGUGGAACACCUGCAGCUUCUCAGUGAGAGAUUCUGGAGACACACUAUAGUGCUGUUCACCAGGGGAGACUGGCUGGGAGACACAACCAUAGAGCAGCACAUUGAGACUGAAGGGAGGGCCCUCCAAGAGCUCAUAGAGAAAUGUGGGAACAGGUAUCAUGUUCUCAACAAUGAGAACAGGGCUGAUGGGACUCAGGUCACAGAGCUGCUGGAGAAGAUGGAGGAGAUGGUGGCAGGGCAUGGAGGCUCUCACUAUGAAAUAGACAGAAUGCUCCUACAGGAGGUGGAAGCGAAGAGGAGGGCAGUAGACGAACGAGUGAAACAGAGGAUGAUGAAGGUUCACAAACAGAGGAAGACUCUCAGAGCACUUUUUGAGGGAGAGGAACACCAUCUCUCAGAGCUGAGGAUUGUGCUGCUGGGGGCGAGAUGGAGUGGGAAGAGUUCAGCAGGAAACACCAUCCUGGGCACAGAGGAGUUUGAGUCUGGAAUAAGAACUGCACAGUGUGUGAAGAGACAGGGUGAAGUAGCUGGGAGACAGGUCACUGUGGUCGACACACCAGGCUGGUGGAAGGUGUCUGUGAAGUACACUGCAGAGCUGGAUAAACAGGAGAUUGUGCGCAGUGUGUCUCUGUGUCCCCCGGGACCCUGUGCUCUCUUCCUGGUCAUUGAUGUGAGCUCAACAUUCAGAGAGAUACACAGGAGAUCAGCAGUGGAACACCUGGAGCUUCUCGGUGAGAGAGUCUGGAGACACACUAUAGUGCUGUUCACCUGGGGAGACCGGUUGGGAGACACAACCAUAGAGCAGCACAUUGAGACUGAAGGGAGGGCCCUCCAAGAGCUCAUAGAGAAAUGUGGGAACAGAUAUCAUGUUCUCAACAAUAAGAACAGGGUUGAUGGGACUGAGGUCACAGAGCUGCUGGAGAAGAUGGAGGAGAUGAUGGCAGGGCAUGGAGGCUCUCACUAUGAAAUAGACAGAAUGCUCCUACAGGAGUUGGAAGAGAAGAGAAGGGCAGUGGAAGAAAAAGUGAAACAGAGGAUGAUGAAUUUUCAGAAACAGAGUAAGACUCUCAGAGCCCUUUUUGGUGGUUAG